AAUGGAGAAAACGCAAAAGAAAGUAACAUUUUUACUGAGGUUAAGAGAUGAAGGAUCAACAAGGAUGCCUGACGCGGCUGAAGAUGAAUACAAGAACGAUAAGCCAAAAGGCAUAUUGAAAAGGAAGAACAUAACGAAAUCUGAGGAUGUCAGUACAAGGAAAAGUAAACGAAAACAUAACGAAACAACUGAAGACGUCGAAGGAGAUAAAGGUGUUGAAGGAGUCCAUACCAGGAAUGAAGGAGCUCGUACUAGGAAUACAAGGUCCGUAAAAUCAAAAAGCACGCCAGCGGGAAACGACGGAAGCACGUACGAGGUGGAUAUGGAAGAUGUUGAUGAAACGAAGAACAGAGCAGUUAUAACAACGAAUAAGACAGGAGACAUAACGGAAAAAAAGCCAGUGAUUCAAAGAUCUUUUCGGGCAGUUAAAUGGCGUUCCAUACGUACACGUUUAUCACCGCAUCAACUUCUAAGGGGGAUAAACGCAAUGUCAAACAAACAGAAGCAGACAGUACAAAACAUGGGGUUCGGGAGUAUACUAAAGAUCAAAACAGACAGCAUACCAGGAAGACUGGCACAUUUUGUAGUAGAUAAGUUUAACCAAAGAGACAUGGUGAUUAAGCUGAGUGUAGGUAAUAUAGAGGUCAACGAAAAUGUAGUAAGCGGGUUGUUAGGAUUAAGAAACGGUGGGGUUGUGUUGAAUUAUCAAAGAAAAGAGAGCAAAAAAGGGAGAAGUAAGGACAAAACAAAGAAAAGUGAAAAGAAUAAGGAAACCAAAAAGCACGACGAUGAAGAACAAGUGAACAUAGUUAAAGGGACAAAGAAAGGGAAAAAAAGAAAGGGAAAACACGCAGAAAGAAGCAAUCGAUAUAAACGAAGAAGAAGCAGACGACAAAGAUGAAAGUCGUGGGACAUAUGCCAUGUGGACCCAUUUGUACAAAGGGUGUCCAAUGACACCAAGUAGGAUAGUUGAAAGAAUAGUAUGUAAUCAAGAUGACGACGGGGUAUUUUUCAAAUACGAUUUUUUAGCGUUGUUUAUGAACACAAUGGUAGAGACAAAGAAAGAUGGGACGUGUAAAACAGAUUUUCUCGAGUGUUUAAACCGAUUUUCUCGAGUGUUUAAACGAAAACAUCGCCUUGGAAAACGUGAACUGGUGCAAAUUUAUAUGUGACACAAUCAAGAACAGCAAGGACGGUUGGCAGCGAGACAGCAAGUCCAUAUAUUUCAAUGGCGCGCUCACCAUU